GGGAUGGGUGGGGGGGCCGACUUCCUGGGGCGGCCCGUGAGGAUGUCGCGACCGCCCCCCGAUGCCCCUCAGCCCCGGAGACUCCGCAGCCCCCCUGUCUGAGGCGUCCAGAGCCUGGAUCCGGACUCUCCCCUCCCUCCUUUCCUCCCUUCCCUCCCAGGUGCGCGCGGGGCCGGCGGCAGAUUUGAUCAUGUGGGCAACCUGCUGCAACUGGUUCUGCCUGGAUGGACAGCCUGAGGAGGUCCCACCGCCCCAGGGAGCCAGAGCACAGGCCUAUUCCAACCCUGGGUACAGCUCCUUCCCUUCCCCGACAGGCUCGGAACCCAGCUGCAAGGCCUGUGGAGCCCACUUCGCAAGCACGUCCCGGAAGCAGACCUGCUUGGACUGUAAGAAACAUUUCUGCAUGACCUGUUCAAGCCAAGAGGGCAACGGGCCCCGUCUCUGCCUUCUCUGCCAGCGGUUCAGAGCCACAGCCUUUCAGCGGGAGGAGCUCAUGAAGAUGAAAGUGAAGGACCUGAGGGACUACCUCAGCCUCCAUGACAUCUCUACUGAAAUGUGCCGGGAGAAAGAAGAGCUGGUGUUCUUGGUGCUUGGUCAGCAGCCUGUAAUCUCCGAGGAGGCUAGGACUCAUGUCCCCACCUUAUCCCCGGACUUCCCCGAGCAGCAGGCCUUCCUGACUCAGCCUCACAUCGGCACAGUACCUCCUACCUCACCCAGCCUCCCUUCUUCACCUGCACAAGCCACCUCUGUUUCCCCAGCCCAGGCUCAGGAAAAUCAGCAGGCCAAUGGUCGUGUGUCUCAGGACCAAGAGGAGCCGGUCUACCUGGAGAGCACAGCCAGAGCACCUGCUGAGGAGGAGACCCAGUCUAUUGACUCAGAGGACAGCUUCGUCCCAGGCCGGAGGGCCUCGCUGUCUGACCUGACCCACCUGGAAGACAUUGAAGGCCUGACAGUGCGGCAGCUAAAAGAGAUCCUGGCUCGCAACUUCGUCAACUACAAGGGCUGCUGUGAGAAGUGGGAGCUGAUGGAGAGGGUGACACGGCUGUACAAGGAUCAGAAAGGACUCCAGCAUCUAGUGUGUGGUGCAGAAGACCAGAACGGGGGAGCAGUGCCAUCUGGCCUAGAGGAGAACCUAUGUAAGAUCUGCAUGGACUCACCCAUUGACUGUGUUCUGCUGGAGUGUGGACACAUGGUAACCUGUACCAAGUGUGGCAAGCGCAUGAACGAAUGUCCCAUCUGCCGGCAGUAUGUGAUUCGAGCUGUGCACGUCUUCCGAUCCUGAGGGCUUGCACUGGCUUCUUCAGUGCCUUACAGGGAUAUAGCCCAGGGUGGCUGGGCUCGGGGUUGGUCAGCUUGCGGAAGCGAACUAACAGAAGAAAUUUUUCAGUGUUCCCAAGACCAGGGCAAAGAUGCUAUGUCAUCCCUGGGCGUGCCUGUCUGGUACGGGGUGCCCCACUUGGCUGGCAGAGUGGCUGAGGCCAGUAGGAACUGCUACAGAUCACAUGGGCGAGUGCCUGCUUCAGUGAUCUUGGGAAUAAUGAUGGUAACUGAUGAACAGAGGACUCCCGAACUUGGACCAUGUCUUCCUUCUUCUGAAGAUCUAGAAACAUUUUAACUCUUCUGUACCCCAUUCAUCCCCUGAAAAUGCUUGCCUGUAUUUCACCAAUCAGAAGUCCUACUAGAAAUGGUUCCUUCCUCCCCUGCACAUCUGGAUUUAAACUUCUGGUUGCUCUGGCUUUCUGUGCUUUAACAUCUUUAAAGUCUCUUGCUAUAUUGCCUAAAAUCCACAUUUCUUUGGACCAAAAAUAUGUUAGUUUAUCAGAUCAACUGUGGUCCUUAGGACAGAAUUUAGAACAGCAAACUUUUCUCUGGUGAGAAAUGAAACACAAAUGCUAUAGAAAAAUAUCAAAGUUGUUUUGAGUUGCUUCCUUAAGUGUUGGGACUGGAAGCUAUCAGACUCUUGAUCUGACCCUGGGAGCCAACAAAGCAUCUGGUUCCCAAAUUGCUGAGAAGUUCCAGAAUCUGUAAACAAAGGAUGUGCAUGGAUCAUCUCUGCUGCUUUCCUUUUGAGACUUGACUUUGCACCAUCCUCAACUUCAAACUGCAAGGGGGAAGCAUGGUGUAGAGGCAGUGCCUUCUGCUUAAUUUUGGCUUCUGAACUUUUUUGUUUAAUAGGCAGGGGUGUUAAACAUCCUACUGAGGUCCCUACAUUCUCCAACAAGGUUUUUAAUCUUGGUCUCAUCAAAGGCAUAGACAAGCGAGGAGUCUUACUCUUGAACUUUUCAUGAUGUUCUUGGAGCACAGAGGUGAGGCAGAGGAGCUAAGAGGCACUGGAAGAUGCUGAAUGAGGCUGAAUUCUGCCUAUAGGCAGACAGCUGUCAGUCCCUACUUUCAUUUCUUUAUCAAGACAGAUCUUUUGGUCCUUUUCAAAGGACUAGCUAAUGCGUAGUGAUGUUUUUUGAGCCUUCUUUAGGCUCUUUCUACCACUGGAGAAGCUAUAGGGCUUAGGUUUGAUAGAGAAGCUCAGCAAAGCACAAAACACAUGCUCUCAGAAGAGCGGUGUGUCUGUUACCAAUGGAUGAACUAUGCAGACUGCCCCUCCCCAUCCCCCCAUACUGUGUAGCUGAGGCCUAGACUAGAAGGACCAACUGACUAGAAAGCAGAUGGAAACCUCUAGCAGGGCCUAUUACAUUAGUACAUACUCAUGCUUUCCCUCCAUCAACCACUAAACCCCUCAGGAGGAAUUUCACAAAGUAGUUGUCAGUGGAAUGCUGGGCCACUUACCUCAACAUUGUACUAAGUCCAGAUGAUCUCAUUCUGGGUGCCUUUGUAGGAAUGGGGGAAUCAGACAUUUUCCAGUGAAGGCUUGCCUUUCAUCUUUUUGCUGAAUGAUAAAUACUGUAGUUUUUGAUGCCUACUAGUUUAGCAAAGGCUCACUGGUUCAGCUGCUCCUCAACUCUACUAUGAAACAGAUCUGCGAAUAUGCAACUUUGGUAAGAUCUAGCAAUAACUUCAAGGAAGACGCUAAGCCAGCUUUCCCCCUCCUUGCAACUUUCUCUGCUGAACUGAAGCCUUACCUCCCCUACCUCCAACUUCCUCUCCUAGACAGGAACUGAAAAUAAUAUACUGGUGGCUGUUUGUAAACUCAGCAAGAAUUAGAACUGAUGUCAUUUACUCAUUUUGAAAGAACUUGCCUUUAAAUCUAUCUUUUGGUGGAUUCCCAUUUGGGAAAAAAGGUGUGAAACCAUCCUGGUUUUUGUUACUUUUAUUAUUAUACCAAAUAAAGGCUGGCAGUUUCAAGAUCCCAUUCCAGUUAAUAUCUACCCCAAGUAGAAAACCUGAUUUUUUAUUGAGUCCUCCCUCUUGUCCCUCAUGGAUCCUUGGUCUUAAUUUAUCGUGGAAACAUUUAAUAAUUUCAAUUAUUCUGUGGCUUUUGCUGUGAUUGCUUUGAGACUUCAGUUGGGACUUGUUUUAAAAGACUUGCACAGCUGACUGGUUCAUAUGUUGGAAUAGUUGGAUCCAAACUAAUAAGCUGUACAGGAGUUAGUGCUCAAUAUAUAUUGUACAAAUUUAUUGAAAUCUCAUGGAUGUCAAUGUGUUAUUUCAAGUGGCUUAUAUUAAGAUUCUCUCAGACUUACUUGGGUGUUAAACAAACCCAAAUAUGUAUUUUUUGUUUCAGAGCUCUGCUUUAUAAUUUUGUAAUAAAGUUUCAACAUAGAUGCCUGUCGGA